GAAUGGUGAAUACUAACAGGCUGGGCAAUGGCCAGUUGUGCUGGUGGAAACGAUCCGUAAUAGUAGAUGAACUUUACUUUUUAAAGCAGUAUUUCUGUGACAGUUAUUAAAGGAAACAGUACAAUGUCCCUGAAGCCAAGAGUAGUGGAUUUUAAAGAAACAUGGAACAAGCUACUCACGACAAUCAAAGCCGUUGUUAUGCUAGAUCAUGUGGAGAGAGCAACAUGGAAUGAUCGUUUUUCAGAUAUAUAUGCAUUGUGCGUUGCCUAUCCAGAACCUCUAGGGGAGAGACUUUACAAAGAGACUAAAAUAUUUCUUGAAAAUCAUGUCCAGCAGUUGUAUAAGAAAGUCCUAGAAUCGGAAGAAAAGGUGUUGAUAAUGUAUCAUAGCUACUGGGAAGACUACAGUAAAGGAGCAGACUAUAUGGACAGCUUAUACAGGUAUCUCAACACACAGUUCAUUAAGAAGAAUAAGCAAACAGAAGCUGAUAUUCAGUAUGGAUAUGGUGGUGGGGAUAUAAAUGCACCACUAAUGGAAAUAGGAGAGCUAGCGCUUGACAUAUGGAGGAAACUAAUGAUAGAACAGCUGCAAACCGUCCUUCUUCGGAUGCUUCUCCAAGAAAUCAGAAAUGAUCGUUGUGGAGAGGAUCCAAAUCAAAAAGUAAUCCAUGGGGUUAUUAACUCCUUUGUUCAUGUUGAACAGUAUAAGAAAAAAUUUCCCCUUAAGACAUAUGUACUUCUGAAGUUUUACCAGGAAAUCUUUGAAACUCCAUUUCUGGAAAAAACAGGGGAGUAUUACAAACAAGAAGCAUCAAAUUUAUUGCAAGAAUCAAACUGCUCACAGUACAUGGAAAAGGUUUUAGCUAGGUUAAAAGAUGAAGAGGUGCGAUGUCGAAAGUACCUACAUCCAAGUUCAUACACCAAAGUGAUUCAUGAGUGCCAGCAACGUAUGGUGGCCGACCAUUUGCAGUUUCUGCAUGGAGAAUGUCAUACCAUCAUUCAUCAGGAAAGGAGAGAAGAUAUGGCAAACAUGUACAUUUUGCUACGAUCAGUCUCUAAUGGUUUACCACGUAUGAUUCAGGAAUUGCAAAACCAUAUUCUUGAAGAGGGUCUUCGAGCAACUAGUAACCUGUCUUUGGAAAAUAUGCCAACCUUGUUUGUUGAGUCCGUGUUGGAAGUUCACAGUAAAUUCAUUCAACUCAUCAACACCGUUUUAAAUGGUGAUCAGCACUUUAUGAGCGCACUGGAUAAGGCAUUGACGUCUGUGGUUAAUUUUCGAGAACCCAAGUCUGUAUGCAAAGCACCUGAACUGCUUGCCAAGUACUGUGACAAUUUGUUGAAAAAAUCUGCAAAGGGAAUGACUGAAAAUGAAGUGGAAGAUAAGUUGACAAGCUUCAUCACUGUCUUUAAAUACAUUGAUGACAAGGAUGUAUUUCAGAAGUUCUAUGCCAGAAUGCUUGCAAAGAGAUUAAUACAUGGUUUGUCCAUGUCAAUGGACUCUGAAGAAGCCAUGAUAAACAAAUUAAAGCAAGCCUGUGGUUAUGAGUUCACAAGCAAGCUUCAUCGAAUGUAUACAGACAUGAGUGUCAGUGCAGACCUCAACAACAAAUUCACUAAUUUUACAAGAGGCCAAGAAAACUUCAUAGAUCUUGGAAUAGGUUUUCAGAUAUAUGUUCUUCAGGCUGGUGCAUGGCCUCUUACACAAACCCCAUCAUCUACAUUUGCUAUUCCGCAGGAACUGGAAAAAAGUGUACAUAUGUUCGAAUUGUUUUACAAUCAGCAUUUCAAUGGAAGAAAGCUAACUUGGUUGCACUACCUCUGUACAGGUGAAGUGAAAAUGAAUUAUUUGUCCAAACCCUAUGUUGCAAUGGUUACUACUUAUCAAAUGGCAGUUCUGCUUGCCUUUAAUGCAAGUGAAACAGUCAGUUACAGAGACCUCCAAGUCAGCACACAAAUGAACGAAAAAGAACUGACAAAAACAAUUAAAUCUUUAAUAGAUGUGAAAAUGAUCAAUAAUGAUUCCAAUAAGGAAGAUUUUGAACCAGAUUGUAUAUUUUCACUAAAUAUGACUUUCAGCAGUAAACGAACGAAGUUCAAAAUUACUACUUCCUUGCAGAAAGACACUCCUCAAGAGAUGGAGCAAACAAGAAGUGCCGUUGAUGAAGACAGGAAAAUGUACUUACAAGCUGCUAUAGUUCGUAUCAUGAAAGCACGAAGAGUGCUUAGACAUAAUGCACUUAUUCAAGAGGUACUUAGCCAAUCAAGAGCAAGGUUUACCCCAAGUAUUAGUAUGAUCAAGAAAUGUAUUGAAGUGCUGAUAGACAAGCAGUACAUUGAAAGAAGUCAGACAACAGCAGAUGAGUACAGUUAUGUAGCGUGAUGUCACAACCCUACAGGGACCAGAGGACAAAGCAAGCUGCUGUUACUGUUCGGUGUGUUCCAGUGGGAAGAAGGCAGUCCCUUGCCUCUAAUAGGGUUCUUCAGUCGAUCACCUAGCAGCCCCUUUACUGUUGUUUACAACAUCACCAGUGCCACGCCAAGAGCGUCAAUAAAAUGCCUAUAGAGUUUCCAGCACAUGCCAUUAUGACAUUUCCUAAACUCUACUGAAAUUGCUGAACUGUGGAAAUUUGGUUGGGUACCAUGCUUUUUUCUCACGUUUGCAGUUGGUGUUUUUUUAAUGUAUCUUAAAGUACAUAAAGUAAAACUAAAUAUUGUAAUAUUACAGAUAACCUAAUUGUAUCUACAGCAAAGUAUAAAAAAGAAAUGAUGGAUAAUAUUGCUGCUUGUCAAAUAAAAAAUUGAAAAGAA